AGGCUGAAAGAAAGAAACAGACGUUUUCCUCUUUCGCUUUCACUAGCUAGUUUUGUAGUUAGAGGAUCUCAGUCGGUUGAUCCUUCUCUAAACGCAGACGUUAUAUCCAGAGUACUCCUCAAUGGGAAAAGACUAAUCAUGUUCAGCUUUGAGGGUGAUUUCAAAACGAGACCCAAGGUAUCCCUUGGGGGAGCGAGUAGGAAGGAGGAAAAAGCAUCACUUCUUCAUCGAACUCAAGAAGAGAGACGUAAACGGGAGGAUGAACGUCGAAGACUGAAAAAUGCCAUUAUCAUCCAGUCCUAUAUCAGAGGGUACCAGGACCGGAAACAGCAGCACUCCAUCCAGAGGGGGCGGUUCGACCACUGCGUGUGCCAGGCCCAGGCUGCCGGGGCACCGCCGCUUUCCGACCCCUCCGCCCUCAGCUACCUUGUGAGGCAGCUGCUGUUUUUCUACAGGCAGAGCGAGGACACUCAUAGACUGAUAUGGAUGUGCCAGAACCUGGUGAAGCACCAUGCCCAGUUUGUAGGGCUCCUAGCUGGGCAAGACAGACAAACGUGCGUCUUUCAGAUCAAGAGGCUGCUGGGACACUGUUGCAGGCUUUUGCAGCUGUGUCGGGAUGACAGUUUGAAUGUGACAGUGCCCAUGCGUAUGUUGGAUGUCUUCACCUCAGAAAGAACCUACGUGUCUGUGCUGCUGGAUGCUAGCUGUGUAACUGCGCUUAUCGAACAAAUUUUGCACUACAUGGUUCAGAAAGGAUACUACAAGUCUCUCUAUAUUUUGGUGAAUCACAAGUUGCCGUCGAGUUUGGAGUAUAGCGAUGUUCCCUCAAUCCCCCUGGCCAGCACUUUGUUGGAGCACACACUCAAGCCACUGCACUUUAACUACGCCUCCUGUUCGCUGGAUGCCAGGCAGUACGUGUUCACGGCCUUUACGGAGGAGUUCAUCUCUGUGCCCUUCACCGAGCAGGUGUUCCACUUCUUCAUCCCGGCGUUGUCGGACGCGCGGCUGGCGUUCCCCUUCCAGCCCUUCCUGGCCGCCCUCCAGGCCACCGUAGCCUCCUCCGCCACCAUGCAGGCCCAGGCGCCCUGGCUCCUCUACUUCGUGCUCUCCGUGGGAGAGAUGAAGCUCGGCUGCCUGUCUGAGGAGGGUCUGUUGCUGUACCUGAAUGCUCUGCAGUCUCUGCUGCCCUUGCUGCCUGUGUCCGAGAGCAGCAGCAGAGCCGAGGUCACCUCAGACUCAGAGGACGAGGGGGAGAGCAGCAUGCACAUGCCUUCCACACAGGAUGACAGGAUCUCAGUGCAGCUGAUCACGGAGGAGUGUAUCCAGAAGCUGGACACCAAGCGGCAGACCAACGCCCUGCUGACGCUGGUGUGGAGAGACUCGGCCAGUGAGGAGGUCUUCACCAUGAUGGCCUCCAUAUGCCACACACUCAUGGUGCAGCACCGCAUGAUGGUGCCCAAAGUCAGGCUACUGUACAGUUUGGCCUUCAACGCUCGCUUCCUCAGACACCUCUGGCAUUUAAUCACCUCUAUGACGACGAGAAACGAAAACACAGGGUUCACCGUUCCUCUGCUGCAGCUGUUGUCUCGAGGCUCCCCCAUGUCUCUGGAGGACUCCAACCGCAUCAUCCCCCUCUUCUAUCUCUUCAGCUCCCUCUUCAGCCACGCACUCAUCUCCGUACACGACUCCGAGUUCUUCGGCUGCUCCCUUCAAGAUGAGGACCAGGUCCAUGAGCAGGUGCAGGCCCCCUCGUCCUCCAUGAUGCCCUUCUCCUUGGUGGAGCUGGUGCCCCUGUCGCGGUGCCUUCGGGACGCCUGCCUGGGCAUCAUCAAGCUGGCGUAUCCCGAGACGCGCACCGAGCACCGCGAGGAGUACCUGGCCGCCUUCCGCAGCGUGGGGGUGACCACCAACGCAGCCGUGCAGCAACGCAUACAGGCCCAGCAGAAACGCUGGGUGCAGCUGUUCAAGGUGAUCACGAACCUGGUGAAGAUGGUGAAGGCUCGUGACAUCCGGCGGCCCUUCUGUCCCCGAGGACACUGGCUCUCUGAGGAGGUCAACAUCAGUGCUGAUAAGGUCACCCAGCUGUACGUUCCGUCAGCACGACACAUGUGGAGGAUCAGGAGGAUGGGCCGCAUCGGACCCCUGCAGUCCACUCUGGAUGUGGGUCUGGAGCCUCCUCAGCUGUCUGUGUCUGAGGAGCGGCAUCUGGCCAUCUUGACAGAGCUGCCCUUCGUCGUGCCUUUUGAAGAGCGAGUCAAGAUCUUCCAGCGUCUGAUCUUCGCGGACAAGCGGGACGUACAGGGUGACGGGCCAUUCCUUGACGGCAUCAGCAUCACCAUCCGCAGAAACUACAUCUAUGAAGACGCCUACGACAAACUGUCACCGGAGAACGAGCCGGACCUGAAGAAGCGUAUCCGCGUGCACCUGCUGAACGCCCACGGGCUGGACGAGGCCGGCAUAGACGGCGGCGGCAUCUUCCGGGAGUUCCUGAACGAGCUGCUGAAGACGGGCUUCAACCCCAACCAGGGCUUCUUCAAGACCACCAACGAGGGCCUGCUCUACCCCAGCCCCAGCGCAGACAUGCUGGUCGGAGACUCCUUCACCAGACACUACUACUUCCUGGGAAGGAUACUGGGGAAGGCCCUGUAUGAGAACAUGCUGGUGGAGUUGCCGUUUGCCAGCUUCUUCCUGUCCAAGCUGCUGGGCACCAGUGCGGACGUGGACAUCCACCACCUGGCCUCGCUGGACCCCGAGAUGUACCGCAACCUGCUCUUCCUCAAGAGCUACGAGGAGGACGUGGAGGACCUCGGACUCAACUUCACCAUCGUCAACAACGACCUCGGGGAAGCACAGGUGGUUGAGCUGAAGCCAGGCGGCAAGGACAUCCCCGUCACCACGGCCAACCGGAUAGCUUACAUCCAUUUAGUGGCAGAUUACCGUCUGAACAAACAGAUCCGGCCGCACUGCCUGGCCUUCCGACAGGGCCUAGCCAACGUUGUCAACCUGGAGUGGCUACGCAUGUUUGACCAGCAGGAAAUACAGGUGUUGAUCUCUGGAGCUCAUGUGCCCAUUUGCCUAGAUGACCUUAAGAAGUUUACCAACUAUUCAGGUGGUUACACGCCCACUCACCCCGUCAUUAAGAUCUUCUGGGAGGUGGUGGAGAGCUUCACCGACGACGAGAAGAGGAAACUGCUAAAGUUUGUCACCAGCUGUUCACGGCCACCGCUGCUUGGCUUCAAGGAGCUGUACCCGGCUUUCUGCAUCCACAACGGAGGGACAGACCUGGAGCGGCUCCCCACAGCCAGCACCUGCAUGAACCUGCUGAAGCUGCCCGAGUUCUGUGACGAGCACCUCAUGAGGAACAAGCUGCUGUACGCCAUCGAGUCCUCUGCCGGCUUCGAGCUCAGCUGAGGAACGGCCGGUCUCUCGCGUCGGACGGGGGUUGGUGUCAGCGUCGCUGUCGCUGGGGCAACGCAACCGACCUGGGUGGCAACUGUUGCCGUGGUGAAUGGUGAUGGUGGCUGUUGUUGGUGGUGAUGUGUAAUGGUCGUGUCAGCAACCACUACUGUCACACAAAACAGCCACAAUAGCCAAGAGACAGGGUCGGAUCAGACAGGCCGCGCUCGUCUCGGGUGAAAGACUGGAAGUGAUUGGAUGAGAACGUAAAUAACUCGCCAAUCGGCGCACAGAUAUCCUGUCAAGAUCUUCUCUUUUUUUUUUUUUUUUUUUGGAAACAGUGACUGUUGAAGCACUAAAAAGGCACUAGAUGGACACUGCAUAGCGGGCAAAGGACAUUAAGACAUUUUAUUUUAAGAUGAUGUAACAAUGUAUUUUGAAGAAAAACCUAUGUAUUGAAAAGAAAAAAAAAGGAAUGGCUACUAUAGAUUUUAGUCGCUUCUGUGCAAAAACCUUCAUUCUACAGCCAAGAUUUAACUUUUGGGAGUUUGUACGCAAAAAAAUGUACAAAAAUGUACCUGUUCAAAAUGGCAAGUUCACCAAAGAUUUAGCUGAUUCACCACAAUCAGAUGCUUUUUAGCCUUGCUAACAGAAACCCUUGACUUUGCCAUGCUGAAGCAAGAACUGAUGCUUUAGUUUAAGCUAACACAAGCAUACAUAGACAGAAACGUAAGACAUGCUAAAAUACACUGGCCUUCUUUGUAUUUUUAACAACAGUAACCACCCCCUGAAAGACCACUGAAGGAAAAACAAAAAGCAGCUUUCAACACCACUUAGCCGUGUUGAAGUUGGGGCUGCACUGAAAUGACUGGAUAUCGUCCAGUGUUAGCACAAGAGGCUAAAAACGUUAGCAAUGCUAACAGAAGAAAGAGGGAGGGCUGGUCAAGAUUUACCGCCAGCUCCACGAGGCGGCUGGAGCACCUUCAAGCAUUAAAAGGGUCGAAGGUUGCUGAGCAGUAGGCCUUUGGGGACACGCAUGGUCUCAGACUCUCACUAGAGCAGGCAAGCAUCGUGCCACAAGUCCAGCCACACGACCCUUUCUACCCCAAGAGCACCUACCCAACCUCCCUGGGUUUCCUCCUCAAUGAAGUCUGCAUGACUGAACCAUUAUUAACCAACAAUAACAAAAUGAUAAUUUUGUGGGAUUUUUUUUGUACUUUGGUAAUUAAUAUCAGCGUUAAUUGCCAUCAUGAUGUCUUCUGUAUUUUCUUUUUUAUUUUUAAAAGUAUUCUAUUCCAUGUUAAACAAGGUUUUUAAGACUGUGGAGACAGCGUUAAAAGCACGUUUUGUGGUGAGCAGUGUGGCCAAUCGGUAUAUUUGCCCAUAUGUUAGAUGUCCACACAUUUUUCUGUGUGCCGUUAACUUUGCACAGUACAGUGUGUUUGUACAGAUUGUGUUUCUCUCCUCAGCUUUGGCCAUGGAGCCCUCACAUGUGGGACUUGAAGGCUGAAAUCAGCUGCUUGAUCUUUAAAAAGUGGACACAGUCUCAAUGUGCACUCCCUGAAAUGCAGUGCUGUCUUGACGCUCCAGAGUUCCUUCUGUACAGAGUGUGCAUAUCAGUGUACCCAUGCCAUGGGGGAGGUGAGGGUGUGUAAAUGAAUAUGUAUUAAAGAGAUGUUUUCAGGAUU